AUGGUGACGGCAGCGAGCGGGCGGCGCGGUGGCACUCCAGAGUGUCGGGGGCCCGCUGGCUCCCCUGGGGGAUGCCCACGGCGCCCGGGACGGCGGCGGCGCCAGGGAACGGCGGGGGGGGAGAGCGCACAGGAGCUGCAGGCUUUCCGCGACUACGGGGAGAGCUGGUACCGCUCCCGCAAGGGGCUGGAGAGCCGCUUCCAGCCGCGGGAGCCGCUCGCCCGGCAGCCACAGGUGACGGCAGAGGCGCGCUGCAAGCUGAUCAGCUGGCUUAUCCCCGUGCACCGGCAUUUCGGGCUGUCUUUGGAGGCACUCUGCCUUGCCGUCAACAUCCUCGACCGCUUUCUCGCCACCACCCCUGUGGCCGCGGACUGCUUCCAGCUCCUGGGGGUAACAGCGUUGCUCAUCGCCUGCAAACAGGUGGAAGUGCACCCUCCUAGUGUGAAAGAGCUCCUUGCCCUCUGCUGUGACGCCUUCACCCGCCAGCAGCUCCGGAACCUGGAGUGCAUCGUCCUGCAUCGCCUGGAUUUCGACCUGGCGGCGCCCACCGUCAGCUUCUUCCUGGAGCACUUCAGCCAGCUGCGGCUGGAGACUCGAGGGGCCGACGCGGGGGAGGCGGCGGACGCCCGGAGCCUGGCGGCGGGAGUCGCGGAGCUCAGCCUGGCUGACUAUGCCUUCACCAAAUACGCGCCCUCUCUGCUGGCCGCCAGCAGCCUGGGGCUGGCGGACCGGCUCCUGCGCCACCGCAGCCCCCUGGACCUGCGAGUCAGCGGCUACCCGGAGGAGCUCCUGCGGGACUGCAUGGACCAGCUGCAGCUCCUGGUGUCUCUGAACGGGCGGUCCCUGUCCCUCCUCCUGCCCUCGGAGGUGUCCCAGAAGUGCCCCUGGCUCGGGGGUGGCCGCUGACAGCGGGUGGUGGUGGUGACGGCUCUGGCUCGGCGCUCGUGCUCCACAGAGUCGGUGCAGUCUGAUCCACUAAGCCCUAGUGUCAUUGGAGCUUAAAAAUUAGAUGGCGUUUUACAAACGAUUUUAUGUGUCAUUUCAUCUGUCCUUUUGCUAUAUUUUUUUAAGUUCAGCAUGUAAAUAAUUUACUGAAUCUCACCUACUGUGUUAUUUAAUUGGAGGGUGAUCCAUAAAGAUAACGGUGUAAUGACCAGCUGAAUCUUGAGUAAACUCUUUUCUACUUGUUACCUCUAUUCACUUAUU